AUGAACUUGACAUUGUGUUGGGAAGUGCAAAUUUUGCAUCCAUUUGGGAAAAUACAUGAAAGCUAUUCCUCAGAGCAUCAACCUGGAUUAGGAGAUUCAGAUUGCAGAUCCGAAACCAUACACACUAAAAGAGGGGGAAAGCAGGAUGGCGAGUUUGUGUAA